AUGUUGCAGCUGGAUCUGCAGGCACGGCCCCAAGAGGGAGAGGCGCUACAGCCGCAGCAGCUUCACAGACUGAACGGGGAGGCGGGAGGUCAAGGAACUCCCGCCUUAGCGAAAGCCGGCACAGCCGUCGAGGGUCACUUGCAGCAGAUUGUGCGGGAGCUGCUGCAAGAACAGGGGCGAGCCGACAUCUCCCUGCUAGCUGAGAGCCUCACGUGCCUCGAUACCCACGGCUGGCGGCAACAUCCGCCAGCAGCAGGGGCCUCUGCGCGGCUGCCAACAACAGUAGGCCUCUCGCUGUUUGUGCGGCGGCAGCGGCUCGAGACGUACAGGCAGCAGCUUCAUGCCUUCCGUCGAGUGUUUCCGCUGCUUCAACAACUUCAGCAAGCGGCAGAGAGCCUCAACAGCACGCUGGCCACAGCACUGGGGCGCCUCGCUAAGAGCCGGCUGCAUUUGUUGCCCUUGCUGCAGCAGCUGCUAAAGCUGCGACAGGAGCAGCAACAGCUCUCAAACAAAGAGGCAACAUGUACGGCGAUCCUCGAGCGCCUCUCGGUACCACCCCAAGCCUUAGAGGCUCUGACGCGUCCGCUGCCUCCGCAAGAAUCAGCGUCGUUACCAGCAGCCAGAGCACCCGAUGGGAGGAAGCCUCAGGAGGUGCAUGCAGUUUCUAGGGAGUUGCACACUACGGUCGACGCCUUGGCCACGGUGCAGCAGCGGCGACACCUGUUGCAAAAACUGGCUGCAGCCGCCUCUGCAGACUUCCCGCUAAUAGAGAGCCUGCUCCUGCAAACACGGGAACUCAGUGACUUGGGGCAAGAGCGCCUCUUUCUGCUCGUCCUCCAUCGGCUGCAGCAGCUUGGGCCUUUUAGCAGAGACACCGUACUGUGGGAGGCCUUGACCAACCUGCACGGGUAUCCCGCAUAUCUGUUGCAGUGCCUGCAACAGCUGCUACGCUUGCGGCGGCAUCUGCUGCGCCAGGGAUUCGAACGGGCAGCGUGGACACCCCGAGAUGCUGUUGUUGGUAGCAGAGACACGCCGAGGCCUCUAAGGAGCUCCGUCGAAUGGCUGUCGCAUGCUGCAGCGGAGGAGGCUGAAAUUUUUGUCGCGGUGUUGGACCUCCUUUUUGCGAAGGGGGGCGCAGCAGCGCUCGGGAUUGCGGAGCUGCAGCAGGGAAGGCGUGCGAAUGUGGCUGCUGAGUCGCCUGUGGAGUCGAUGGGGGCCCCCAUGAGCUCCGCGGCCUCUCACGUCAACAGGGCGUCCGCCGAGGAGGCAGCCGAAGGGGGGCCCUUUCUGGAAGAGCUACCUACACUCGUAGAGCAGCAAGUCCAGCAGCAGCAGCAAGAAGAAGAUCCCGAGCGGCACGAGCCAACAAAGGGCUGGUUGCCGAUGUCUGACGCGCCGACGCUUCCGGCUGAAGCUGGAGGCAGUGCGGCAACACUGCAGCAGCUGUUGGAUCCUGUGGCUCUGCUGGACGGGGCGCUGGAGGUCUUGCAUGCGCCGCUUACUGCUCUCGUGACAACUGCGCUUGAAAGCAACAGCAGUAAAAAAAGCGGGGACGGCGGCAUCUCCGCCCUCAAAGUCGCUCUGUUGCUGCAAGGGGAGGCAGCGGCGAUAGAAGAGGCCGUUGCUGCUUCCUUGCGAAUCUCGCCGCAGCAGCGUCUCGAGACAAAUCAGCAGCAGAACCAGCCCCCGAGGAAGCUGCUCCUGGUAUCCCACGUGCUGGACUUGCACGAAAAGGCGAUUGAGGUGUUUGAGGCUCAGUGGGAUUCUUCAGCGCUCCAGCUGCCGCAGCUGUCUCCAGCAACUGCAGCACGGUGGAACCCUUGCGGUGAGAAUGAGGAGGCCCGUAGAAGCAGCGGCACGCCCUCGUUCCUGAGUCGCUUUGCUGCGAGGCUGCAAGACAUGCUGCUCACUCACGCAUCCUUCUUGCCCUCCGUCGUAACGCAGCAGGAAGCGCAGCAGAUGCAGAUGCGUGAGACGUCUUUGCAACGGCUGGAGGCCCUUGUGGGGAGGGACGUGCCUCGCUGCGUUAAUUUCUGCCUUCAACUAGGCCAUCUAAUGGGGGGAAUCGGCGGCUGUGUGUAUAUUCUGAAUGCCCUGUGUUCGCUCCGCACCGUGCUGCAGUCGGAGGUUCUCUCGCUGCCGCCUCAGCUGCAGCAGGCGCAGCAAGAGCAGCAGCAGCAGCAGAAACAGUUUCAGGAGAUUCUCGCACUGCCCCUGCUGCAGCAGCAGCGCCGCCUCCUCACGGAGCUUAUAGAUGAGAAAUCACAGGAACUUGGACAAAUGGAGGGGGCACGCCUUCGCACCAAAUGCGGCCUGACUUUGAUGCUGGAGGCAGUCGAUGCCUAUGGACGCCCUCCCUCUCCAGAGGAUCAUCCUGCGCCGGAGUUCGUGAGCCACGGCCCUUUAGGGACCCCUCAGGACGCCCCCACUACGGGAUCAGGAAUGUCCAAGGAUAUCGCAGCAGAACUGCUGACAGCAGAGAAGGUGGAAGACUUCUUAGCUGCCUUAAUGACUCAAGUUUAUGGAGAUACAGCUCUCGAAAUGCCUCUCCUCGGGGCCCUCGCUCAAGGAGCCCUACGGCGCAAGGUCCGUGCAGCUGCCUUGGAAGCCCUUGUAGAUGGGUACAGCAAACUAUACACCUUUAUUAUCAGUGAAGGUAGAGGCUCCCCUACCCACACCCCUGAACAGAUUAAGCUUCUACUAGACCUGUGA